AUGGCCGAACCUUUCAAUUUCAGUGAACUUCUGGAGCCAUUAAAUCUUCCCUUUCCUGCCACUACCAAACAAGUUGCUGGACUGGUCAAUGGUAUUCAGACAGAUGUAAUGUGCAUGAGCUUCAAUGACAGAAUCUUGGUAACAAUUUCACAAAAGGGCCGACUUGGUCACUGGUUACAUGUACCAUUGGAAAACAAAAAUCCUGGAACUGAAGGCGCCCACACCUUCCCAGACUCGGAUGACAGUCUUCUUCCGAUCAGCAGUCUCACUGCGACUUCACUUCUGGGAGGCCGUGUUUCUGGACAUGACACAGUUGGUCAGCUAUAUGCUCGUCAGAUAGCUAGCGCCAUUGUGACAAAAGCACCGAAUGAAAAGCGGCUUCUGGUCGUUGGACUUGGACUUGAGACCGCCGACGCUGAUCGGGAUGUUUUCUUCGCAAUAAUAGACCUUGUGCUUCAGUGCAUCUAA